AUGAUAUUAUUGAAAUCUGAGCAUGGAGGAAAAAGAAAAGAGAUGCGACAAGAUGAUUUAAUGGGUCCAAAUCAUUUUAGCCUACGUAUCAUGUAUAAAAUAAUCAUAUACACCUACCCAGUAUCCUUAUAUGCAGUAAAAGAGCUCAACCUGAGCAAAACGUUUUCCAUCAGUGCACUUGGAAUUUUGAAUAGUAAUUCCAACCGGAGUCCAGCGAAGAAGCAAACCUUCUUUUCUGCUUGCGUUGCUAAGUCAUAUAGCUCUUUCUUUAUUUCUAUUUGUAUUCUCGAUCUAGCCUCUCAUCUUUAG